GAUAUUUACAACAGGAAAAGCUUCUAGCUACCUGCCGUGAAUUUAUUUUGGAAAGCUCAGAUCUGAAAGAAUAUGCAGAGCACUGCACAGAGGAUGGUUUUAUUCCAGCCUGCUUGCUGUCCCUGUGUGGAAAAAACUUGACGACUAUUCUUAAUGAAUAUGUAGCCAUGAAAACAAAAGAAACAACAAAUGAAGUUCCAGCGAUGAUGUCAUCUCUGUGGAAAAAAUUAGACUAUACACUUUCUCAGAUCAGGAGCAUGCAGAGUUCCACAGGCUUUUCUGCUAAUCAAAGGAUACGUACAAGAAGUGGAAUUGUGGAAAUGAAAAGACAGAGAAUGCUUCAGCAAUCAGAUCCUGCAAACUCAGGAUUGUUGUCAGUAGCCCAUCAGUCAGGGCCACAGAAUUCCUCCUCUGUUGUGUCUCCGCAAGUUAUUCACAGGCCGGCAAUAAAUCAAAGCGUGUCACAGACAAGACUGAAUACGUUGUUUGUGCACCAGUCGCAAACUCAAGAAAACAAGAUGACCACCGGAGAUUUUAUACACAUUCAAGUUCCAGCAUCACAAGAACGAAAGCUUCAUUCAAACUUGCUUUCUCCAGGAAGACGAAAAAGUGAAUCUCAGAAGAGGAAAAACAUUGUGGCAUUGGGACCUCUUUCAGCAACUAGAAACUCUCAAGACCCUGAUGAAGCAGUAACAGAAAAAGAGAUGAUAAUUGAAAAUGCCAGAGAAAAAAUUUUGAGCGACAAAUCUCUUCAGGAGAAGCUUGCUGAGAACAUUAACAAAAUCCUGGGCAGUGACGGCAAUGUCGUUCAGGCCCCUAAACAGACAGACAGUGGUCCUACAGAGCAGGAGACUUCCAUUGAUGAAAUCCUUGGACUUCAGGGUGAAAUUCAUAUGUCAGAAGAGGCCAUACAAGAUAUUCUGGAACAGACAGAAUCAGACCCAGCUUUUCAGGCACUCUUUGACCUGUUUGAUUAUGGAAAGAGCAAGGUAAACAAGAACUUACCUGCUGGUGUUUCUGGUCAGAGUGGAGUAGAAAAUGCAAUCCUGGAAACACUUGAAAGUUCUUUAGGAACAGAAGAAACUAGUAGAUGCGAUAAUUCCAGAGAGUCACUCUCCUGCAAAGGCUUUCAGUUAGAAGAAGUGUCAUGUGCCUUGAAGACCACCGUUAAUGACGAUGUCACGGCUAAGAAGAAUACAGCCAAUGAACAGUUGCAGGGAAAUUGCAGGCCAAGGAAGCAGGCUGAAGGGCUUAAAACUGUCACCCCUGAACAUAUUGGAGAGCUUGAAAUCGCUCUUGACUCUGUGCCUGGCUUAACGGAAGCUAACAAGACACAGAGUUCUGAUAGCAAAUGUAACGAACACUCUGGAGAUUCUUACGAUAAAAAAGAGUCGUCUGUGUUGGUAUCUGAAAGUGCAGGAACUAUGGAAAUUGAAAAAGGCCUGCUAAGUCAUAGCGCUCAAAGUAGUCCUCAUUUAGAAUAUGUUCGUUCUGGUAGUUCACAGAUUUGUUUGAUUUCAUUGGCAGAGGAUACUAGAGCAAGUGAAAACAAAACACUUUCUGGAAGUAAACAUCACUUAUCACCAGUUACUUCACUCUCUGAAAAUACACUUACUGAGAACCCUUCUGAUGGGAGCCCUGGCCACGCUGUACUGCUGAGAAAAACCAAUUCAUCCAUUUCUAGCCCAUCAGCAGAUGCGGGAAAAGAGCAGGCUGUAACAAAUGAUACGGAUGCCUUACCUGGUAUUUUACAGGAGAACCCCAGCCACCACUUUACCCAUCAGGAACAGAACACGCAGUCAGAAUGUGCUGCAGGACCUGUGGUGAAGAUUUCGGAUCUCGGCCAAACAGAGUUGCAGCUUGACGUUGAUACUUCCAGUGAUCAACAUACAUGUGAUAAGCCACCUAAGAAAGAUUUUAACCUUCCUUUGGGCCUGUCCAACUCAGAGGGAACACAAGGGGAAACACAAGAACUUUCACCUUCUACAAAAGUAGAUGCCAAUAAUACGUAUUUCUCUUCUGGUGAUGAUGCAUGUACAGAAAUUUCUGUAGUAUCCACUGAGAAUAAUCUUGCCACAUCUGAAAUACACCACUCUCCUCUCCCAGAAACUGCACCCUCAACAGAUGAGUCAGGUGCUGAGGGCAGAAGUAUAGGUGGUGUAUCUUCUAGUAGUCAACCAAUGGAUGUUGAUCCUUCUAACAUAAUGUCCCUCAAGAUCAUCAUCAGCGAUGAUCCCUUUAUUUCGUCAGAUGCGGAGUUAAACAGUGCUGUUUCCAGCAUCACAGGAGAAAAUUUACCGACUAUAAUAUUGUCUUCUCCAGCCAAGUCUCCAACCAAAACUACAGGCCUGACCAAAUGUCUGGCUUCAGAAGACACGGAAAAAAGUGUGGAUUCGGCACUGACAGAACAGAAUCUCCUUGUGCUUAGACCCAAGGAUCCUGUGGUCAGCUCGGUUAACACUCCGAACGAAGACUGCGCUGUUCUUUCGGUUGCAGGUACAUCUAAUCUUUCCAAGGAAGGGGGGUUUAUACAGUUGAUGCCAGCAACGAGCACAGCUUUUGGGAAUUCAAACAACCUUUACAUAGCCACCUGUGUGACUGAUCCAGCUGCCCUGGGUACAGCUGUGACACCGUCCAACGUAGUUGUGCUCCCCGGCAGCUCUGUGCCGCUCGCUGCCCAAGCUCCAGCCAUGCAACAGUUACGGACUCCCCCAAGAUCCAGCAAUACAUUUGCAGCCAACCAGACCAUCUCCCCAAACUUCUCACAAGGUUCUGCCAUUAUAAUUACAUCUCCAGUGCAACCUGUUUUGCAAGGAAUGGUGGGAAUGAUACCUCUCUCUGUGGUCGGACAAAAUGGAAAUACGUUCCCAGCACCUGCCCGCCAGGUUCUGCAUAUGCCUGUGGCUAAUCCAGUGUGCAACAGAAGUGUCCCAAAACUUCCCAUCCCUCCCAAAUCACAAAAGGUUCCUGGAGCAAGAAACAAGACUAAUACAGGAAAACUGGUACCAAGUGUGGCCGAGCCUUUGAACCCUACAAAUUCUCGAGCACAAAGGACUGGAAAUGCGGACAAGCUUAUCACCGCAGAACCAGGAAGGAAAGUGGAGGAGAACUUGCCUGCUCUGCCAGUAGAGAGCACAAGCUCCAACUCAAGGCAAGGUGAAAGUCACAGGAGAGUGCUUUGCUUCGAUAACAUCCUACCCACUCCAGGAGGAAACACCCAGAUCCAGACUCCUAAGAGUUUAUCCCAAAAAGAAAGAAACGAAAAUACUUCAUUUGCUGUCGACACCGCAUCAUCCUCUGCCAAGGCACAGGCAGCCAAGAGAGAGAAAGACAAAACGUUGCCGAGAAUUCUGUGUAAGCCAGAAGUUGGAAGCAACAGGAGCGUGUCUGCAAAGGAGCCGCAGCCAGAGCGGAAGGUGGCAGCUGCAGGGCUUCCGUUAGAUCCCUUCCACAAGACUACAGCAAAUAAAGAAAAUGAAUUACGAAGGGAUACUGAUGAAAAGCAGAAGAACCAGGACACGGCCAAACUCUGCAAUGGCCAACAGAGCGUUAGCUUAUGGAGCGAGAAGACGGUUCCUUCGGUGCAAGAGCUGAACAAAAAGCAAGGGGCGCUGUCAAGUGGGAGUGGCAAAUCUUCGGUGUCUGUCUCUUUGUCUUCAAAGGAGCCAAAGCGAGAACCAGCCAAAGUUUCUAACCAAGGCCUCUGCCUCUCGAGUCCAUUCACUAAACAAUGCGUGGAAAUGUUACAAGACAUUCAGUGGCACAGCCCAACUAGCAAGACAGUUGAAAAUGGAGAAUUGCCGGUACCCCGUACCCCGUCCGGAGUUGGGGACAGGCACACGGACGAUACUACAGACAGCGUGCGGACACCGACCUGCCGGCGCUUCAAUGAGGACAGCACGACCCCAAGGAUUAUGGUACCCCCUGCUACUCCAGACUUGCCCGCCUGCAGCCCGGCGAGCGAAACGGGCAGCGAAAAUAGCGUGAGUAUGGCCGCCCACACGUUGAUGAUACUGUCACGGGCAGCUAUUGCACGGACUAGCGCUGCGACCCCCCUGAAGGACAACACUCAACAGUUCAGAUCGUUAAGGAGCACGGUGAAGAAGAGGAAACUAGAGGACUUGAACGAGGGAGAGAGAACUUCUCGUUCUGCAAACAGAAAAGACCUUCAAAGCUCUCCAACACCAUCAAAAAAGAAGAAAAUAAAGAAAAAGAAGCUACCAAAUUCUUUUUUUGUGGACAAGUUCUUGUUGUCUUUGCAUUAUGAUGAGUAG